AUGCAUACAGAUUUUGUUUAUAUGUCAGUAGUUAAGACGAUUUUAAGGCCGGUUGAAGUCAUUUUGUCACUUUUGCAUGUUUCAAUGUCAAACCAGAAGACGGUUUUUGUUUACGAUGGAGAAGGCUCCCAAAAGACAUCUUUACAAAUGCUUCUUGACGCUCUACAUUCAACUGUUGACAGUUCUACCCAUAACGUACGGACGAUUACACCAGAAGAGAUAAUUAAGGGGUCCUGGCGCAAAGAUGCAGCUGCAAUCUGUUUUGGUGGUGGUUAUGACCUUGGAUUUAUCCAAGCCCUGGGCCAGAACGGGAUAAAGCAUAUUCGAGAUUAUGUCUGCAAAGGUGGUUCAUACCUGGGUAUUUGCGCUGGAGGCUAUUUUGGUUGUGAAUAUAUUUAUUUUGAUGAAGGAGGGCAACUGGAAGUCUGUGGAGAACGACAUCUGAAAUUCUUUCCAGGUUCCUGUCGAGGCCCAGUCUACCCCGGUUUUCAGUACCAUUCUGAGAUUGGUGCCAGAGCAUCGCCAAUAAAAGUCCUGCCUGAAAAUUGUCAGUACUCUCAGCAGAAAAUUCCAAUCUACUGUAAUGGUGGCGGAUUCUUUGAUUUUCUUCCCCGGAACAAAGUGUGCACAGAUCCGCCGACACAGGUGAAGGUUUUAGCCCACUAUGAUGAUGUCAAAGUAACACCCUAUAACACUAAUUUUUUAUCUAUCUAUCUAUCUAUCUAUCUAUCUAUCUAUCUAUCUAUCUAUCUAUCUAUCUAUCUAUCUCAGUCUGUUCAUUAUCUAUCUAUCUAUCUAUCUACCUAUCUAUCUAUCUAUCUAUCUCAGUCUGUUCAUUAUCUAUCUAUCUAUCUAUCUAUCUAUCUAUCUAUCUAUCUAUCUAUCUAUAAGCCUUUUCAUUAUCUAUCUAUCUAUCUAUCUAUCUAUCUAUCUAUCUAUCUAUCUAUCUCACCUUUUCAUUAUCUAUCUAUCUAUCUAUCUAUCUCAGUCUGUUCAUUAUCUAUCUAUCUAUCUAUCUAUCUAUCUAUCUAUCUAUCUAUCUAUCUCAGUCUGUUCAUUAUCUAUCUAUCUAUCUAUCUAUCUAUCUAUCUAUCUAUCUAUCUAUCUAUCUAUAAGCCUUUUCAUUAUCUAUCUAUCUAUCUAUCUAUCUAUCUAUCUAUCUCAGUCUGUUCAUUAUCUAUCUAUCUAUCUAUCUAUCUAUCUAUCUAUCUCAGUCUGUUCAUUAUCUAUCUAUCUAUCUAUCUAUCUAUCUAUCUAUCUAUCUAUCUAUCUAAUUGCCAUAACCCAGCUUGCGGGCUGCUGACCCGCGUCUACCGGCGACUCUUUCCCUUUUACGACGUAUGA